AUGUUCUCCUUCAAGGUCAUUCUUGCUUUCUUGGUCAUUCAGGCCUGCUUCCUCGCCGUCACUGUCAAGGCCGAUUUCUGCGAUAAGGUCUAUGACGCCAUCUUCGAUGACAGCGACAGCGACAUUUCCCGCCGCACCAGCCACAUCAAGCGCAACGACAUUGCCGGCAUCGUGCCGUCCACCUGUGACUGGGAGACCGGCACCCAGGAAGAUGUGAGCCUUAUGCAGAUUCCCCCCUUCCACCAAAGCUCCACUCACCUCGACUCACUUGAUUCCACUUGUUCCCUCAAUUUCUCCAUAAGCAGCACUGACAAACCCCGAUCAUUGCAGGGCGAGGGAAAGAAGGGUUGUGUUGCCUGGUGCAAGACCCUCUUCCGCAACUCGGAUGACUGCAACGACUCCCGCUGCCUUGCUUGGGACGGCGCCUACGAACUCGCUGGUCCUAACAAGGGCAAGAAGAAGUCUGGCAAGUGCUCCUGCACCUGCGGUUGCCCCAACCUCGGUUGGUGA